CAACAACAAAACACAAUGGAUGAGGAAUACGACGUAAUUGUAUUAGGAACAGGGCUUACAGAAUGUAUAUUGAGUGGCUUACUGAGUAUUGACGGGAAGAAAGUCCUACAUAUUGAUAGAAAUGACUACUAUGGAGCAGAUUCUGCUAGCUUGAAUUUAAGUCAACUGUACGCUAUGUUUCGCCCUGGUGAAGAACGACCAGAAAACCUUGGCCGUGAUCGAGACUGGUGCGUAGAUUUGGUUCCCAAAUUUCUGAUGGCCAACGGAGAUUUGACAAAUAUCUUGGUUUAUACCGAUGUUACUCGCUAUAUUGAGUUUAAGCAGAUUGCUGGCAGCUAUGUAUACCGAGAUGGAAGAAUAGCAAAAGUACCAGGUAAUGAGAUAGAAGCGUUGAAGAGCCCACUGAUGAGUUUAUUUGAGAAGCGCCGAGCCAAAAAGUUUUUGGAGUGGGUAAGCAACUAUCGCGAAGAAGAUCCUAGUACACAUAAAGAUAUCAAUUUGGACCGUGAUACAAUGGAGACAGUGUACAAAAAGUUUGGCCUUCAGUCAGGUACCCAGGAUUUUAUUGGACAUGCUAUGGCGCUUUAUUUAGAUGAAUCAUAUAUCAAGAAGCCUGCACGUGAAACACGAGACCGUAUUCUAUUGUAUGCCUCUUCGAUCGCCAAAUUUGGCAAAUCCCCUUAUAUUUAUCCUAUGUAUGGUCUUGGCGAGCUUCCUCAGGGUUUUGCUCGAUUGAGCGCGAUUUAUGGCGGAACAUACAUGCUUGGUCAACCGGUUGAUGGGAUCGAGUAUGAUGGAAACGGUGUUGCAGUUGGAGUUCGCAGUGGAGAACAAGUUGCCAAGGCGAAGCAAGUCGUUGGUGAUCCUUCGUAUUUCCGAGAAAAGGUACGCUGCAUUGGAAGACUGGUGCGUGCCAUUUGUAUUUUAGACCACCCUAUUCCUAAUACAGACAAUUUGGAUUCAGUGCAGAUUAUUAUUCCUCAGAAUCAAGUCAAGAGAAAGCACGAUAUUUAUAUUGCAUGUAUUUCGUCUGUACAUAAUGUAUGUCCUAAAGGCUACUAUUUGGCCAUUAUUUCUACCAUUGUGGAAACUGCCAAUCCUUUAUCUGAAAUUGCACCAGGCUUGAAAUUAUUGGGGCCUGUUGUGGAGUCAUUCUCUCGGGUGCAAGAAUUGUACGAGCCUAUGGAAGAUGGUACCAAGGAUCAAUGCUUUAUCACAAAGAGUGUCGAUGCUACUUCGCACUUUGAAACGAUGGCUCGCGAUGUUCGUGAUAUUUAUAAGCGUAUGACAGGCAAUGAUUUAGUAUUGAAGAAGAGAGAAACCGCCGAAGUGUCUUAAAAAUGAUGUUGAUGAGUAUACAGAGGAGAAAAGACGACAAAGUAGAUAGUCACGGGUCUACACGAUGAUGAUGUUGAGUACAAGAAUUGCAUUCACGAUAUAAGAAAUCAAUUAUAAGAUUCUUUGAUAAAUGUAUUAUUUUUCAAUACAGCGUAUACUAUAGCGUAUUUCUUUUGUUAAUAGAUACAUCAAAAGAUGAUUGCUUUUUCUAAACCGUAGCGCUACUGAAGGGUUUCUUGAUAUACAGAAGGAAUCCAACUAUGCCUGCUAUGCUUGGUUGCUGCUACCUUACAUAAUGCACUUUUCAGUGCAAAUAUUAACGAUAAUAUUAACUUUUUUUUUGUUU